AUGAAAUAUCUGGUAUUUUAUUGCUCAUUUGUUAUUCUUGCUUUUUAUGUUUUAUCAGUUUUAUCAAUUAAAUGUUAUGUAUGUAAAGAACCUGAUCGAAAAUGUCGUGAUCCAUUUCAUAAUGAUACAAUUUUUUUAAAAGAUUGUUCACAAAUUGGUAUGGGUAAUGCAACAAUGUGCCGCAAAUAUAUGUGGGAAAAUAUUCAGCGACCCGUGUUUCAAUUAAAACCACUUGAAAAUGAACGUACAUUGACAGAAUUUGAUAUUAGUGAUAACAGUACAUUUCAGUUUGUGUUAAAACAAGGAUGUGGUAAACUAGUCAUUCGUCUUCGAUCUACAACUGGCCAACCAAUUUCAAAUAUCAAUGUUCAUUUACAUCUUGAUAAGGUUUGA